AUGGCACACCAACCAAGUCGCCAGAAAAACGCAACGGACGCUGUUAAAAUACGUCAUGAGACAAAAGCAAUCAAUCACCCAACUAGAGUCCAGAUCGGAGUUCUAUUCAUCCGGUCUGUUAUUUGCGACCGAGUCCUCGCCUUGCGGCUACGUUUGCGCCACCUACAGCCCGGGAGGGUGAGCGUCAUGGCGGCUUCUUUCCCGCUCCCAGUGACCCAGGACCUGUUCACGUUGCGUGCCACGUUGCAGGAGCUACUGCAGUUCCUGAGGAAAGCCCUGUGCAUUUCCAACGCACAUACGGUGGACUUCUACACGGAGUCCGUGUGGGCGGAACUGGUCGACUUGCCCCCGGAGACCGUGCUGAGGGUACUGAGGAAGUCAGUGGCAGAGGCGGAGGCGCGGCCCCCGGAGGCGCGCCUCCUGGUGGAAGCUGAGAGGCGAUCAGGUAUUACCAAUUUUCCCAAAAUAUUUUGUGAGACUUCCCAGAAGCUGGUGAAUGUGGAGGCCUUUGCUCUGGCUGUGAGAUCUUAUUCUGUACCAAAUUUGGGAAUAUGUACUCCUUUUGAACAGUUGCUUACAGCCCUUCGAGGAAAUAAAAAACAGAGAACUGGUGAAAAUGUGAAACCAGAUGAAUUUAUGAAUUUGAAAAAAUCUCAUGAAGUUCAGGCUAUGUCAGAGCUGAUCAGCAGUAUUGCUGAUUACUAUGGAAUAAAGCAGGUAAUUGACCUGGGUUCUGGAAAAGGCUACCUAAGCUCUUUUUUGUCCUUGAAGUAUGGCUUAAAAGUUUAUGGAAUUGAUUCAUCAAAUACCAAUACUCAUGGAGCUGAGGAGAGAAACAGGAAAUUGAAGAAACAUUGGAAAGUGUACCAUACGCGGUCAAAAUUAGAUGUCAAUGGACUGGCAUUAAAAAUGGCAAAAGAAAGGAAAGUGCAGAAUGAAAUUAAGUAUAAAGUAGAUAUUGAGGGAAUAUGUAACAACAGUCCUGAAAAUCAAGAAAAGAUGUUUGCCUCAGGUUUUUUGCCAGAUUUUUCAGAUUCUCUAAUUUCUAACAUUAGAACACAAAUGGAAAACCUACAUGUGUAUUCACAUCGAGAAGAAAACUUGUGUUUUGAAAAUGCCUUUGCUCUUAUAGACCUUUUGCCUAUUAAUGCCAUAGAACCUGCUUCAUUCCAAACACCUAAGAGAAAAAUGUCUGAAGCAAAUAAAGAGAGAAGAAAACUGACAUCAAAGUCAAAUGAAUCAAAUAUAUAUUCACCUUUAACAUCUUUUAUCACUGCUGAUUCAGAACUACAUGAUAUUAUUAAAGAUCUGGAGGAUUGUUUGAUGGUAGGUCUACAUACUUGCGGUGAUCUUGCUCCAAAUACUCUGCGAAUAUUUACUUCCAAGUCUGAAAUCAAGGGAGUUUGCAGUGUGGGUUGUUGCUACCACCUCUUAUCUGAAGAGUUUGAAAAACCACAUAAAGAAAGUACCCAAGAAAAGUGGGGAUUUCCAAUGUGCCAGUAUUUAAAGGAAGAGAGAUGGUGCUGUGGUCGAAAUGCAAGAAUGUCAGCAUGUUUGGCAUUGGAACGAGUUGCAGUUGGCCAAGGGCUGCCUACCGAAUCACUCUUCUAUCGAGCCGUCCUUCAGGAUAUUAUUAAAGAAUGUUAUGGCAUCACCAAAUGUGAUCGGCACGUGGGUAAAAUGUAUUCAAAAUCCUCUUCCUUUCUGGACUAUGUCAGAAAGUCUCUAAAGAAGCUUGGAUUAGAUGAGUCCAAGUAAUGUCAAGAACACAAACCUCAGCAUUACUUUCACAGAUGAAGAACUAAGUUUUUACUUAAACUAAAAAUAUAUUAUCCUUUGGCAAAAACUAAACAGCAAAAAAUCCAGAAAAAAUGUUACUUAUCCUUCCUGAUAGCUUUCUCUUCCCAAGUUUGUCUUUAAUAGUAACCGUAGUAAAUGUUCCUUAAUAUGCUUAUUAUAUGACUGAUAAGAGAAAGAGAGAGCAGGGUGUGGGCAGGGAGGGUCAGAGAGAAUCUGGAGUAGACUCCCCACUGAGUAUGGAAUCUGAUGUGGGGCUCAAUCACCCCAUGCAGGGCGACCCUGAGAUGAAACCAAGAGUCAGAUGCUUAACCAACUGAGCCACCCAGGCACCUCUGACAGAAAUAUUAAUAAUAGCUAAUAGUUACUAAGCACUUGCUGUGUGGUAGUUAUUGUGCAAGAACAUCACAACAUUAUCUCAUUUACUCUUCACGGAAACACUUAUGGUAGAUUCUAUCAUUAUUCCCAAUGUAAUGAUCUAGAAAGAGAGGUGUAGAAAAAGGCAAGUCAUUUUCCCAGGGUCAAAGGGCUAGCAAGUAGUAGAGGUGGAACUUGAGCACAGAUUCAGCUAACAUCAAAACCUCAACUGUUUUUUUUUUAAUUUUUUUUUUUUUAAGAUUUUAUGUAUUUAUUUGACAGAGAGAGACACAGUGAGAGCAGAAACACAAGCAGGGGGAGUGGGAGAAGGAGAAGCAGGCUUCCCGCUGAGCAGGGAGCCUGAUGCAGGGCUCGAUCCCAGGACCCUGGGAUCAUGACCUGAGCCGAAGGCAGACGCUUAACGACUAAGCCACCCAGGCGCCCCAAAACCUCAACUGUUAACCACCACUAUACUGAGAAGUGAAAUGAAAAACAGAAAAAAAAAAAAAGACUAAUGUAGAUAAGUAUCACCAUGUAAAAUCAGUCUUAAAUUAUUCUUUGUAUUAGUUAAUAAAGGCAGUAAUAGUGCCCUACUGAUUUUCUCAUAACACUCUUUAAGCUCAUUAAGAAUAAAUAUGUCAGACAAAAUGGGUUAGAAGACAAAAAGGAACAAGAAACCCAAGCUGGAAGACUUUGGGGGAAGAAGAUACAGAACAACAUAAUAGCAACGUAACCAAUAUUUAAAAGGAUAUACUGGUGAAAGGAAGGAAACAGAUGAAUACAUGUUUUGUGGGUGGGGGAUUUAUUUGAAUUUUAAGCAAGAGGAAUUGAGAAAGUUUUAUCUGUCAGGUCAGAGUUGUUAGAAACCUAAACCAAAGUUAUGUUUUCAAUCCAAUACAGAUUCCUAAUAUUUUUCUCCCACAUUGUGAAGUAUCCAUGCUCAAAUUAAAGUUUGACAAGCUCAGUAAAAAGAGAUUUGUGUAUGGUUCUAAAUGAAAUUAAUUUUCACAUGCAAGCACUAAAAAGUAGGCACUGAAAAAUACCAAACCAUUUAAGUUUAAAAUGUUAAAUAUACCACAAUACUUGAAAGAUCCUGGACUAAAUUUAUAAUCAUUUAUUGAUAUAUAGUGGAAAGUAUGGUGAAUGCUUUGAUGUGUUUCUAAUCUUUUAAAGCAGAUCUCUUAGUAUUCAAAACUAUGUAGUAAUAAAGUGUCUAGAAAAUCUCUUAAUGUGCUCUGGAUAUAUUUUUAGUUACAAGAAAUCAUGUUAAACGUAUGGAAGUAAACAGAAAACAUUCCCAAACAAAUUAUAAUUCCAAAGGAGACCAGAGCUCCGUGUACUAGAUAUAUAAGUGGCUUAUGCGCAGCUUACAGGCUUAGUCCGUAAUUCCUAUCGUCAGUUGUGAAAGACAGCAUUGGACAUUUUCUCUUAGAGCAGGAUUUGGCAGCAGUAUUGACAUUUGGAUAAGUCUUUGUUGUGGGAGGCUGUCCUGUGCAUUGAAGGAUGUCUAGCAGCAUCCCUGAUCUCUACCCACUAAAUGUCAGCAGGAGCACCCCACUGGUAGAAAAAAAAUUAUUAAUUAAAAGAGAGAGUCUCCAGACAUUGCCAAAAAUUCCCUGGGGGGCAAAAUCCCUACUCCCCACCCCCAGUUGAGGUCCACUGUCUUCAAGCAUUUGUCAUCUCAGUGAUGCAGUUUGCAGUCAUCUAAUAUUUCCAUUAUAAACCCCAUAUGUUUUUUUAAAUGCCACUUUACAUGUUAACACCAAGAAACAUGGAGAGAGGAAGUGGGGAAGAAGCAAUGAUUCUGUUCUUAUAUUUUGAAGACUUUUUAUUCAAAACAGUCCCCUGCUGGAUCUUUCAUUUUUGUAUAGCUCUAACCACUUAUAGGCAAUAUUGUUUCAGCCCAAUAUAAAAUAUAGGUCUAUUUAAGGAGAGUGUUUAGAUUCUGUAGUAAAGUUAAGCCUAACUCUCUAACCACUGAAAAUAAUAAAUUGUGGCAGAACAGCAACUAUCUUGUAUCAGCAGGUAUACUGUUUAUAAUGAAUCAAUUUCUUAGAAUGAAACAGUUGAGUAAAAUUCUUGUAAUAUUCAGUUACUUCUUUGUAAAACAUUUUCAUAAGACUUGAAAAGUGUCUAAAAUAUUAACAUCCUAAUGAUUAGCUUUACCUAAAUGUAAAAAGAGAGAUUAGGUAUUUUCAAACUUUAUCUUCUGUCCCAAACUUGGGUAUCUCACCAAUUUCAGAAAACCUCAGUUUUCAUAAUUUCUUCAUGGUCCAUAGCAUUUUGCCUUCUUUUGUCAAUUGGUAAUUACUUUUCUGCUUUUCUGUCUCUUUCCCCUGGCUUAUACUGCAUGUAUACAAACACACAAUUGCAAACACGCACAUAUCUCCUUUGGAUUUUAAAAGCAUCAGAAUUGAUAUUAUUUGCUAGACAAAGAAUGAGCUGGAUUAUUUGUUUAUAAGAAGAGAGAAAGAAAAGCUUAUUUUCUAGAACUUGUGUGUUAUAUAAUGAAUACUGAAAUAAUUGAAAUUAAUUUCACAUAAAGUAAAAUAAAGACAAUAAAACUGAUGAUUUGAUGAGGAUGCUGUAGUGUUGAAUGGGUAGAGUUGAAAACUACUAACCUAAAACCUUAAUGGAAGUAAGUAAAAGAUAAUUUAUUUUUUUAAUGGAUAAGUUAUUUAAUUAGGUUCUUUGUGAGAAAUUUAGAACACCAAUUUGUGAGGAUAAACUCCAUUUGUGAGAGAAAACACAGUGUGUAGAUAGAUAGCCCUGAAGCUGAGGAACAGCUUUGAUUUUUGGCAGAAUUUGCAAGUCCACAGCUUUCUGAUCAGCCUUGCACUGCUGUGUGAUCUCAUAUUUCUCCUUCUCUAUGUUGAAGAUCUCACCUUUCUGAUAUGGGUUUACACAGCUUCUUCUUGAAGUAAGUAUCAAUGAGGUGUUUUGGGAUUUUCACACUGUUGAGAUCAAUUUUGGUGGAGGUGGCAAUGACAAAUUUCUGGUGUGUUCUACACAGAGAAACUCAACACAGAGAAACUCAACUGAGGGCCAGAGGCCCAGUCACAAGUAGCAAGCCACUGCUCAGUUGCUUCAGGGAAACCACCCUCUUGCCUCUGUGGUACCCAGUGAGGAUGAUCAAAAUGGUCCCAGGAGUGAUACUUGCUCACAGUUUUCUCACAUGCUGCCUGAAAGGUUUUUUACUGUGCCUCAGCACACAGUGCAUCUUUCAAGGUGCAUCUUCAGUUGGAUAAUAUCUAGGCAUUUUAUGAAGUUUAACCACUUGGGUACCACCGUUCUUGUCACCACCAACUGGUUUAGUGACAGUAGCAAGAACCUUCUCUUUUUCUUCUCAGCCCAGAGUUUAGCUGCUGAAUACUUCCUUUUGUAUAUGGUCUUUCUGGAAUACAUAACCGAUCAGGAAUAUCUGCCAAUUCCUCUGACUAGGACAGGAUUUCUCCUUCUUUGGUGUUAUAGCCUUGAGGUUACCCUUCUUAACCUUGCCACCAGGAUCAGCUUUGGUUUCAGGUUUCUUCUCAGCCUUUUUACCCACCAUCUUGCAAGAUAGGUAAGAGUAGUAAAGGAGAAAUGAAGGGGAGGAAAUCGGAGGGGGCACGAACCAUGAGAGACUGUGGACUCCAAGAAACAAACUGAGGGUUUUAGAGGGGAGGGGUGGGGGGGGAUAGGUUAGCCUGGUGAUGGGUUUUAAGGAGGGCAUGUACUGUAUGGAGCACUGGGUGUUAUACGAAAAUAGUGAGUCAUGGAUCACUACAUCAGACACUAAUGAUGUAUUGUGUGGUGACUAACAUAACAUAAUAAAAUUAAAUUUAAAAAAAGAGCAGUAAAGGAUAAUUUAGAAAAAUAUUCUUAGAUACGUUUCCAAAAUGGAACAGCAAAAGGAAAACUUUUGAGACCAAAAUGAUUUAGUUAUUCAUCAACAAACACUUACACUGAAAAAUCUCCCAUGUGUUAAGAACAGUAUAAACUCUGGGGCUACAAAGAUAAUUAAGAUAUAACCCGUUUAGAAAGAAAACAAGUAAUUAUAAUAUAGCAUGAACCUACAACAAUAGACACAUAUAUAAAAUAGGAUGGAAGCAUAGAGAAAGGAGCAACUCACUUUGCCUGUGAAGAUUUCACAAAGGAUAUGCCUUAGUUUGGUCUUGAAGGAAUGUGUAGGAGUUCAUCAAGCAGACAAGGUGGGCAAGUAGGGAGCAAAGAAUUAAUUGCAGGUGCUGGGGUGGGGUUGCUUGUGCAAAAACACACAGAUAUGAGAAACAUGAUUCUGAACUAAACACUGCUGGAGUACAAAGCCAGCAGGAAAAGCAGCAGUGAGAGAUGAGGCUAAAGGAGUGAGCACAUGUGGAGAGGCCAAGUAAACUGAUCUUUGGAUGUUAAAUCAGAGAUUUAUCAGAGCUAAGAAUAAUCACCAGGUGGUUUAAAUACAGGUGAGAGGGCAGGAAUUAUUCCACGGGAAAGCCAACAAGGGUAGAGAGCUCAUGACCUCUUCCAUGUGGUAAUAUAUCCAUAAGUGAUAUAGAUUGAAUUCCUUUAACAUUUGCAUUAUACCCAUAAGUAAAUUCUGGCUGCUUUUUGCAACCACCAUGGUAAUAAUUGAUUCACAGGAGAAUCAUCAAGGGAUUAAAACCAUUGGGUAAAACAUUUGUGGGGGAACAGGGUAUUUACACAGACUCACAGUACCUCCCACAGAUUGUUAAUUCAUUUCAAAAAGUAGAUCAGCCUUCAAAGUUAGCAUCACCAAUAAUGAACAAACUGACAUCAUCUGCCUCAUAAUGCAAUGCUUUGAAGAAGAUAUAGCAUCACGUAUGUAAUAUUCCUGCCCAAAAUGCGUAACUUGAAUCUACUCAUGAGAAAACAUCCAGGUAACUGGCCUUUUCAAAAUGUGUCAGUGUCAGAUAAUGAAGGGAACCAUCAAACAUCAAGGAAAAGGCAACCUGCAAGUGGGAGAAGAUACUCACAAAUGAUGUAUCUGAUAAGGGGUUAACAUCCAAAAUAUAUAAAGAACUCAUAAACUCAAUAUCAAAAAAACCCAAGCUGAUUAAAAAAUGGGCAGGGGACCUGAAUAGAUUUUUUUUUAGAGAAAACAUACAGAUGGUCAGCAGACAUGAAAUGAUGCUCAACAUCACUAACCAUCAGGGAAAUGCAAAUUAAAACCACAACGAGAUAUCACCUCAUACCUGUUAGAGUGGCUGUUAUCAAAAAGACAAGAAAUAAAGAGUGUUGGCUAGGACGUGGAGAAAGGGAAGCCUUGUGCACUGUUGGUAGGAAUGCAAACUGCUGCAGUUACUAUGGAAAACAAUAUGAGGUCCCUCAAAAAGUUAAAAAUAUGGGUGCCUGGGUGGCUAGGUUGGUGACUCUUGGUUUUGACUCAGGUCAUGAUCUCAUGGGUUGUGAGAUCAAGCCCCAAGUUGGGCUCUGUGCUCAGUGGGGAGUCUGGUUGAAGAUUCUCUCCUUCUGCCCCUCCCCCCACUCACACACAAGCACUCUCUCUAAAAUAAAUAAGUCUUUAAAAAAAUUAAAAAUAGAACUACCAUACAAUCCAGCAAUUCCACUUCUAGGUAUUUAUCUGGGAAAAAAAGGAAAAUGAAAACACUAAUUCAAAAAGACCUAUGCACCCCUGUGUUCAUCAUAGCAUUAUUUAUAGUAGCCAAGAUGUAGAAGCACCUAAAUGUUCAUAAAUAGAUGAAUGGAUAAAGAAGAUAUGGUAUAUAUACACAAUGGGAUAUUACUCAACCAUUAAAGAGCAUGAAAUCUUGCCAUUUGCAACAUGCAUGGACCUAGAGGGUAUUAUGAAUUUAAGUGAAAUAAGUGAAAUAACUUUUAAGUGAAAUAAGUCGGAGAAAGAUAAACACCAUAUGAUUUCACUUAUAUGUGGAAUCUAAAAAAAAAAAUGAGCAAACAAAACAGAAACAAGACUCAUAGAUACAGAGAACAAAUUGGUGGUUGCCAGAGGGAAAGGGAGCGGGAGGAUGCAGAGAAUAGUUGAAGGGAAUUAGGUGGUACAAUUUUUCAGUUAUAAAAUAUAUAAACACAGGGAUGUAAUGUAUAGCAUAGGGAAUAUGGUCAAAAAUAUAACAACUUCUUAUGGUGACAGAUGGUAACUAGACUUACUGUGGUGACCAUUUUGUAAUGUGUAUAAAUGUUAAAUUACUGUGUUGUAUACCUGAAACUAAUAGCAUAUUGUAUGUCAGUUCUUCAAUUUAAAAAAAUAUAUCAAUUUCAUGAAAGACAAAGAAGAGUUGAACUGUUCCAGAUUAAAUGUGAUUAGAGAUACUAAUGCCCCAUUCCAGAUUGGAUGCUUAAAGAAGGUGGGGGGGGGGCACCUGGGUUGCUUAUUUGGUUAAGCAUCUCCCUUUGGCUCAGGUCAUGAUCCGAGGGUCCUGGGACCGAGUCCUGCAUCAGGCUCCCUGCUCUUUGGGGAGCCUGCUUCUCUCUCUGCCCCUCCCCCACCACACUUGUUCUCGCUCUCUCUCAAAAAUAAAAAUAUUCUUAAAAAUUAAAUGUCUUUUUAAAAAGGGUGGGGAGCUAUAAAAGGCAUUGUUAGGACAAAUGGUGAAAUUUCGAUAUAGACUAUAUAAUAGAUAACAAUAUUUGAUCAAUGUUAAAUUACUAAACUUGAUUAUUGCAGUUAUGUAAGAGCAUAUCUUAUUCCUAGGAUCUACUUGCUGAAGGAUUUAGGGAUGAGUUAUGUAAGAGCAUAUCUUGUUCCUAGGAUCUACUUGCUGAAGCAUUUAGGGAUGAAGAGUCAUGACAUUUGUAAUUACUUCCAAAUGGAUCAGCAAUAAUAAUAAUAAAGAUGGAUGGAUGGUUAAAAUGAAUGUAGCAAUAUAGUAGUGAUAGGUGAAUCUAAGUAGUGCAUAUAUAAAUGUUCAUUGCACUUUUUGAAGCUUUAAUUUUUUUUAAAAAAAUUUGGAAACCUGAAACCACCAAACCCAAAGGAAGUGAACCUUACACAAAGUAAAAGCAACAAAAGUUUUUGGAGAAUUAAAAAUACAGCCUGCAUUAAUAUUGAGAAGGGUGGGAGCCAAAUAGAGAAGGUAAACCUCUUCUGGUAAAGGACAGAAAUUGUUUCAGGUCUUUUUAGAGGCCUUUACUAGACGUUCUCCUCAGAGAUACUGUGGCCCAGCCUAAGCCUGCCUAUCAGUCUGAUACAAUAAGUGUACCUUUGUGCUGCCAUUAACCUUGACACCCCUGCUGACUGUGAUUCACCUGCCAAAGCUGCUGGCUACCAACUGUGAAAAGCCACAUUUAGAGAGAUUCCCUAUCUACUAAUCAAACAUCCUUUUGCCUUAUAUAAAAUAUUAAUCAUUGUCCACAUUUUGUAAUUAUAAUUCUACAUUUUAGGAAAAUAG